GCGGGCACUGGCCUGGCCCGGGAAUCAGAUUCGCUCGCUGCGUUUGUCUUCUUUGUCGCCGUGUUGACGGAACCGAGAAAAUCACGUAUCGCGGAGAUGGCGUUUUUAAUGAACUGUGACGAUUUGUUGCAGCAAGUAAGCUCAGACAAUCUUGAAUUACUGGAGCAGAUUGGACUGUACUUAACCUUAGAGAAGGUUGAGCAUGCAGAACAGUUUUACAAAACCGUAGUCGGUGCUCGGUUGCUGCACCACUUCUGGGAGAAGUUGUCUAAGGAAGACGAGAUUGAAGCUCACAGGAACGAAGCCCUCUUGGCCAUAGCUGAAUUUGUCAAGACCCAUCCACGAGCAUCUGAGCAAGAGACUCUUGCAGAGAUAGAAAAACAGAUCCGGAACUUUGUUCACAAGAUGGAAUCUUGAAUGUGAUUCUGCGUAACCUACCAUACCAUUUCACCUUCCAUUGACUCAACAGCUAAGCAAUGGGUAGACAACCAUCUCAUAAUGGCAUGUGCAUUUAUCAAUAUUUUGACAACAUGUUCUGUAUUUCUUAAUUUUUGUUCUAUGAAGCGUAUAUCUGAGAGAUUACUACUUUCCAAAAGGACUCUCAUUCAGCAACAGUGUAUAGGCUCUGCUAUAUUAUAAUAAAAGCUUCAAGCUCUGAAA